CACACUUGAACACCAAGUCGACUCAGCAGCAACUCAUCAUCUAAUCAUCAUGUACAAGUCAAUGUCCCUGUUGGUUUUGGUGGCUUUCGCUGCUUGCGUCUUCGCCGAGGAGGUCCAGGAUCAGGAGGCUGCUGAGCAAUACUACCGCCUUCAUGGUGUUUACCCCAGUUGGUACAGCUUUAGCGGCCCUGGCUACACUGCAGUUCAGAGCUACCCUUACCCCGCUUACUCAGCCUACCCAGCUGCCUACCCAGCUGCCUACCCAGCUGCCUACCCUGCCGGAGUCAAGAACGUAGCCUCUCCUUACUACGCUGCUUACCCAUAUGGUUACGCCACCUAUCCUUAUGCUGCUCCCUACAUGCCCUACGUGGCCGCCCCAGCAGCCCCUGCCAAGGCUUAACUUGAUUCGCAAAAACCAGACCUGAACCACAUCAAACUCUACUCGAUAUUGUCAAUUCACGAAUAUAAAAAAUAGCAUGUUUUUAAGCUGCUAAUAAUUGUAUAACGACCAACAAUACAAUGAUAUAGACGAUGAA